AUGUUGAGUAAAUGGUUUGAUGCAGAUGAGUGUAUGAGGAGAGGGUCAAGGAUUAUACCGUUGCUGUGGCUUUUGUGUGGGGGUGAAGAUUUGUUGUUCCAUUUUGAUGCAAUAUUUGGCAUGGCAUGGGGAGCAGCAAGUUGGUGGGAUAGUGAUAUAGCAUGGCAGAAGAAACAGGGCGAGCGACCAGUGUUGAAGGUCGCUUCUCACGGGUCGAAGUUGAAGAAUUUCCCCGAGAGACCGAUGCCUGAGCAGGUGAGGAGGAAAAUUGAGGACUUCCAUAUGAUGGACUUUGCUGGAUGCUCCCUGACGAUGUUGGACGCCUCGUUGUUAUCAGCUUUUGUUGAGAGGUGGCACCUGGAGACAUCAUCCUUCCAUCUUCCAUUUGGGGAGAUGACGGUGACUCUGGAUAAUGUGGAUUCCCUAUUUCACCUUCCGAUUGCUGGUAUGUUUUUCACACCAGUUCAUAGGGACCAUGCGACGGUGAUGCGGACGGUUGUGGAUGCGUUGGAGGUUGAUGAGGCAGAGGUGCUGACGGAGUUUGGGAGGUACCAGGUUGCCGCUAGGAUGUACAUGCUACAUCUAGUGGCUUGUACUCUCUUUGCGGACAAGUCUGGAGUUUAUAUAGAUGUCCACUAUCUUUCUCUAUUCAGCGCCCUUGACACACUGUGUUGGGCUUGGAGAGUGGCGGCUUUGAAGAUGUUGUACAUGGCGCUUGAUGUUGUAUCUUGUCCUGACACCAGACAGAUUGUUGGUUACCUGAGCUUGUUACAGUGUUGGAUAUACGAGCACUUCCCUCACAUAUGUGAGCGGAAGAUCCAGCGUGUUAUGGCUGUUGACCCUUGUGCAAAGAGGUGGAAGGCCAAACAGGCCAUUCCAGAAGGGUUGAUUGUGUACAGACAGAGGGUAUGUCAGAUGGAGAGCCAUGUGGCUAGACACUUGCCUGAGAGGUGUCUACGUCAGUAUGGUUAUAUACAGGGGAUCCAACGUACGGUCCUAGAGGCUCCAGCAGGUGGCAUUCAUCGAUGGUUUCAGAGUCACAUCAUCAGCUCCCCCCGUGAGAUCACAGAUACAGCCAUUGAGGUUCAGCAGCCUAGGCAGUGCCAGGAUGGAUACCUAGAGUGGUUCCACAGUGUGUCACACCCUAGGGUCAUACCACCUGGAGCAACAUCUGAUGUUCCAGAGCCUUCAGGUAUCAUGGCUUCUUCUGAUCCACCACCACCACCUUCACCUCCCGCGGGUGACUAG